CUAUGGAAACGUGCAUCUGCACAGAAAAUCCUGAGGGCCAGCGCAAUCCGAAAUCAGUUGCUGUUCGACGUUGCUCGCGUGCGGUAGUUGUCUGCUCCUUUUCCCUGGAAAUAGAGUUGGCUGACGGUGUUAAAUUUUUAGGAACACAAGGCAUUAAAAUAUCCCGCCGCAUAAAUCUCUCGCAUCGCAUUCCCAAUUCUAAUUUCCGUGCCGCGUAAUACGGAAAAUGAACAAACAAAAACCGAGUUCAGUCAGAAACCAUUAACAUUUUUGGCUUAAAUGUGCAAGUGAGAGAGGAAGAAAUUAAAAACCAGAAACAAACAGAGCAACGCGCACAAAAUACGAAAAGGGAAAAAGUUCAAAUAAAAACAAAAUCGACAGCCAUAACAAACAAAUCAAGCGAAAUUCGGCAUUUAAAAUCCAGACAUAAAAAAUGUAAUGGAAAGCAUUAGUGCUCAUAAAAAAUGGAUUUACACAGCCUUUUUAAGGCCAUCCUGAUCCUGUAUGUCAUACGAGCUGAGACCAGCCAAAUCGUAAAUGGACUGGAUCUGCAGGGACCGAUAUUUCUUCAUGAGCCACCGCACCGCGUCGAGUUCUCCAACAAUUCGGGCGGCCUUAUAGAGUGUUCGGGCCAUGGAAGUCCCCCGCCGGAGGUGGAAUGGACACCUAUCCCGCCGCAGCAGGAUAUGGUGUUCCAGCUCUCGAACGGCAGUAUGAUGUUCUAUCCCUUCACGGCCGAGAAGUACCGCCACGAGGUGCAUGCCACCGUCUACAGAUGCAAACUGCGCAAUUUGGUGGGCACGGUGCUCAGCCGUGAGGUUCACGUGCGCGGCGUCGUCAACCAGAAGUACGCGGUCCAGGUGCACGACGAAUACGUGAUGACGGGCAACACGGCGGUGCUAAAGUGUCAGGUGCCCAGCUAUAUGUCGGAAUUCGUAAUGGUCACCGCCUGGGUGCAGGACACCGGCAUGCACCUAUACCCGAACACGGACAUCGGCGGCAAGUACACGGUGCUAUCGAACGGCGAAUUGUACAUAAAUAAUGCGGGGCCCAAUGAUGCGUACAAAAGCUACACAUGCCGCACUGUAAAUAGACUGACAGGUGAAAUACAAAUUUCCACAUAUCCCGGCCGCAUUAUUGUAACCGAGCCCAAGGGCAUGGUACAGCCGCGCAUCAACGUGGAGAAGCAUUCGAUGCGGCAUGUUGUCCUUAAUGGCCAAACAACGUUGCCGUGCAUAGCUCAAGGACAUCCGGUGCCAACAUAUCGUUGGUUUAAGGAGGAGAACGAGCAGCUCCUGCCACUGCAGCUCAGUGAACGCAUAACCAUUGUAUCCGCUGGGCUUCUCAAAAUCACCAAGGCACGUCUCGAGGAUAGUGGAAAAUAUUUGUGCUGGGUGAACAAUACGGCGGGCGAGGAGACCAUCCAAGUGUCGCUAACGGUGACAGCUCCUUUGACGGCACACCUGCAGCCACAGGUGCAGACGGUCGACGUCGAUAAGGAUGCCCAAUUUCAAUGCAUUGUCUCGGGCCAUCCGGUCCACGAUGUCAACUGGCUGCACGACGGCAAGCCCAUACUCAGGGAUAACAGGGUGGAGAUCCUCACCGACCCACCACGACUAAUCAUUAAAAAAGUGCAAAAAGAGGACCCCGGAAUGUACCAGUGCUUCGUUUCGAAUGAAUGGGAGCAGAUUGAAUCGACUGCCGAACUGCAAUUGGGUGAUGCUUCGCCGGAACUGCUUUAUUGGUUUUCGGAGCAGACGCUGCAGCCGGGUCCGACGGUGUCAUUGAAGUGCGUCGCCACCGGAAAUCCACUGCCUCAAUUUACAUGGUCCCUGGACGGAUUUCCGAUACCAGACAGCUCGCGCUUUUUAGUGGGUCAAUAUGUUACCAUCCACGACGAUGUCAUCAGCCACGUGAAUAUAUCAAACGUCAAGGAGGAGGACGGCGGGGAGUACACCUGCACGGCCCAGAAUGCAAUUGGCAAAGUAUCGCAUAGCGCCAAAGUGAACAUCUAUGGUCUGCCUUACAUUCGCGAAAUGCCAAAAAUAACCGGAAUCUCUGGUUCUGAUUUGAUUGUUAAAUGUCCCGUGGCUGGUUACCCCAUCGAUAAAAUUCACUGGGAGCGAGAUGGCCAAACGUUGCCCAUAAAUCGCCGGCAGCGUGCCUACAACAAUGGCACCUUAAUUAUCGAGCAACUGCAGCGCCUGGAGGAUGCGGGCACGUACACGUGCAUGGCCCAGAACAAACAGAAGCAGACCUCGCGGCGAAAUGUGGAGAUCCAGGUCCUGGUGCCGCCGAAAAUAAUGCCCAUCCAGGCGAUGACGAACAUGCUGCGGGAGGGUAUGCGGGCAGCCAUAUCCUGCCAGAUCCUCGAGGGCGACCUGCCGGUCAGCUUUCGCUGGGAGCGCAAUGGCAAGCCCCUCAUUGGAACAGGUAACGAAGUGGUUCGACGCCUGGACGAAUACUCGGCCAGCUUGGUGAUCGAACACAUAGCCUCCGAUCAUUCCGGGAACUAUACUUGCAUCGCCUCGAACGUGGCAGGCACUGAAAGAUUCACCGUGCCACUCACAGUGAAUGUGCCGCCAAAGUGGAUCCUAGAGCCAAAGGACUCGAGCGCCCAGGCAGGCACGGAUGUCCUGUUGCAUUGUCAGUCCUCGGGGUAUCCCAAGCCCACAAUUACCUGGAAGAAAGCCAUUGGACCCACGCCCGGCGAGUACAAAGACUUCCUGUACGAGCCCACGGUUCAGCUAUUUCCCAACGGCACCAUCUUCUUCAAAAAGAUUAGCAAGGAGUCGCAAGGCCACUUUCUGUGCGAGGCCAAAAACAGUAUUGGGUCCGGAGUGAGCAAAGUCAUCUUCCUGAAAGUUAAUGUUCCCGCCCACUUCCAGACGAAAUCAAAGCAAAUCUCGGUGGCCAAAGGCAAGCAAGUCCAUGUUCAGUGCAACGUUCAGGGCGACAAUCCCAUCGACUUCAAAUGGAAAAUCCAGGCAACGCAGCAAUAUCUCGACGAAUCACUGGAUUCACGCUACACAAUAAGAGAUCAAGUGCUCGACGACGGCAUGGUCUCCGAAUUGGGCAUUUCGCACACAUAUCGCCAGGAUACGGGCAUUUAUAUCUGUCAGGCGAGCAAUGCCUUCGGACAGGACGAGAUGUCCAUCCAGCUCAUCGUGCAGGAGGUGCCAGAGCAGCCCAAGAACCUCCGUAUCAACUCGCAGCAGUCUCGCAGCCUGCAGCUCACCUGGAGCCAACCUUUUGCCGGCAACAGUCCCAUCGAGGAGUACCACAUCUACUACAAGCAGAUUUCAGACAUUUGGCAGAUUGCUGAGCACUUGACUAUAGCCGGAGGCCAGACUGUGGUCAACAUUCAGCAGCUGCGUCCGGCCAAAGCCUACCACAUCCGCAUGUCGGCGGAGAACAAGCUGGGGGCCUCCGAAUUCUCGGAAGUGGUGCAAGUGACCACGCUGGAAGAGGUGCCCUCCGGACCGCCAUUGACCGUGCGAGCAGAGCCAAAGAGCUCCACAGAAAUCUCGGUGACCUGGGAUGCACCGGAAAGGGACCACUGGAACGGCAUACUAUUAGGCUACUAUGUGGGCUACCAGAUGUCACUGACGCCCGAGGACAAGGAGGUGAAUCCCACCCAGGGCUUCAGUUUUAAGACCGUCGAGGUGCGAACCCAUUUCGGGGGCGAGACGGUGCUCAGUAACCUCAACAAGUUUACCCAGUACCAUGUCAUUGUCCAGGCCUACACGAGCCAAGGCAGUGGACCGCCCAGCAAGGAGAUUGCCGUGCAAACAAUGGAGGACGUGCCCUCGUCGCCACCAGAAUCGCCGCAAUGCGAUGUCCUGGGUUCCACCUCGAUUUAUAUCACCUGGUCUCCCCCGGACAUUGACGGCCAAAAUGGAAAAAUCAAGGGCUACAAAGUGUAUUACAUAUCGGUCGAUGAGCUUUACGAAACCGAUCCGGACGUUGUCAAGUCAACAAAUCAAUACGUCACCAUCGAGAAUCUGCGCAAAUACACGAACUACACGGUCUGGGUUUUGGCUUACACCAAAGUAGGCGAUGGCAUGAAAACCAAACCGUUUUAUUGCCGCACCCACGAGGAUGUUCCCUCCGCCCCGCAGGCCAUCAAGGCGAUACCCGCGUCAAGCACGAAAAUCAUAAUAUCCUGGCUGCCGCCUGACCUGCCCAACGGUGACAUCACGGGCUACACCUUCUACAUGUCCAUGCUAGAGGGCGGACGGGAGGAGGGCACCCACAAGCGGCUCCUGGGACCCUACGUAGAGAUGCACGAGACGGUCCGCACCCAAGAAUCGGCUACCUACCAGUUCUGGCUAACUGCCUCCACGAAAAUGGGCGAGGGCGAGAAGACCCAGGUGGUCACCGUGCCUCCCAACAACAAGGUGCCCGCCAGGAUAGUGUCCUUUAGUCAGCGCAUAGUCACGCCCUGGAAGGAGAACCUGGAGCUGCCCUGCCGGAAGGUGGGCGCCCCAGCUCCAGUUACUAUUUGGCGUCAGGACGGACACAACAUGGAGACAAGUGCCCGGAAGACGAUAGCUAAGAACGGCACUCUCUAUAUGAGGGAGUGCCAGGCCAGCGAUGCUGGAAACUACACAUGCAGCGUGGAGAAUACCUGGGGCAAGGACGAGAUCGUGUACAACAUCGUGGUGAAGGUGCCGCCGGAGGCUCCCAACUUGACGGUGAUCAAUGCCUACACGGAUAGCCUUCUUCUCGAGUGGAUGGACAAUAGUCACGGUGGCAGUCCGAUUCUCGGCUACGUCAUCAACUACAAGAGGGAUAACGGUGACUGGGAGGAGCUGCAGGUGGACGCCAAGACCACCUCGCACCUGCUGACCAAUCUGUGGUGUGGCACUCGCUACCAACUGUACAUCACCGCUUACAAUAAGAUUGGAACCGGACUACCCUGCGACAUUGUUAACUCAUACACCAAAGGCAAUCCCCCAGUGCAGCCGAAACACUCCCAGAUGAUCACCAACAACUCCACUAGUGUCACUUGCUGGCUGGACUCCUGGGGAGACGGUGGCUGCGGCAUCCUCUACUUCAUGAUAGAGUCUCGCAUUUAUGGCAGGUCCUCGUGGACCGUGGUCUCCAACCACAUUCCACCCACAGAAAGGAUCUACACGGUCAGUGACCUGGUCCCGGGCACCAAGUACCAAAUCAAGGUGACGGCCCAUAAUAACGCAGGCUCCACAACGGCCAUCUAUAACUUUACGACGCUAUCUACGGCAGGAGUGGUUUACAACAAUGACCAUUCGACACCUGUAUCCCACCUGAGCGACUUGCCCUUCUAUGCCAACUUCAAGCUACUGCUGCCAAUUUGCGUUUCCCUGCUGAUGUUGCUGGCCCUAAUUGGAGCAGCGCUCUUCCUUAGAAAACGAAAGCUGAGCAAUCAAGCCCGGUUGGCCAGUACCUCCAUGUCGGAGUCGCCAUCGCUGGCUAAUUUGCAAAAUAAACAGAAUCGGGAUCAACAGUAUCUGGCCGUUCGCUGUAAUCCUAGCAGCUCGGCUCCCCGGGGAUCCAACUCGAACGACUCCGGGAGCUUCGGCAAGGCGGAGGGCAACGAAUACAUCGAGGACAUCUGCCCGUAUGCUACGUUCCAGCUGAACAAGCAGACCUACAGUGAAAGCUCCUAUAGUGGCAACGUGUAUAGUGGUCCCUACCACUCGGUGCGCGGCUCUUUUGUCUACCACGAUGUCAAGCCGGAAAGCUAUCAUUCAAAGGAGCCGGAGUACACCAAGGUGCGGCGAAAAGUCGGCCGUCUCAGGGAUCCUCACUCGGAGAGCCAAGAAUCGGACAAUCCAGGUUCAACAGAUUCCGAAGUUAGGAAAAUCCUAACGCUUCACAUCCCAAUUACAGAAUAUGACACACUCGGCUCCGAGUCCGACAAUGAUGUGUCUGCACGCGCGCUAAACUCGGCCAAGUAUCGCGCCCAACGGGAUACCCAGGAUGAGACUUCUUCCUCGUCCGAGACAACGCCCACUAGCAUGAACCGGAAGUCAAAGCCGCCAUUUGCCGCCCGGAAGGCGGGAAAGCCGGGUACCAGCGGCAAGCGGCACGUGCGAAGUUCCAGUGGCUAUUCGAGCCACAAUGAAGAAACAACUUUUAGCAUAUCCAACUAUCCACCAAACUAUCAGGACCACAUAAAUCCACCAGCUCGUUUUUCGGAUGCCAACGACAAGACGAAGACCCAGACGUCGCCACGAAUGCGUGCCAAUCAGAAACUGCAGCGGGAGGCUUUCCAGAUUAAUGUCUAGAACCCCUGCCCCCAAGAGGGGAGUUCAUUUUAAACGUAAUCUUAAAUUGAAUGUAAAAAAAGAAAAAUCUAAAAAAAAAACUGGAAUCGAAAUUGUAAAAUUUGUUGUAAAAUCUACUCUCAAAAAAAAAGAAAAGAAAAGGAAAAUGAAAAUAGGAAAAAACGAAAUCGUAACUAAUAACGAAUUUUCGACAGACUUUACCGAAGGCCCACUUCCAGCUAACUAACUCUAAACAACAAUACCUAAAAUCAGUAAAGCUACAAAGUAUUUCAACUAUUUACAAUAGAGCAAACAAGAACUGGCAAUUAGACAACGGGAAUCGAAUAUUAUAAAUUUUCGAGGGGAUUUUUUAAUUUUCAACGAACAUCAGUUUUUAGCCGAUCGAAUGGAAACAGCACGAGAAAUAAACAAUAAGACUUAUUUACACACUGAUUAUGCUUAGUUGAUACUUGAAAAUUUGCAUAAGUGCAAUGAACAUAAUUAAAAAUAAGUUGAGACCGAAGCGGAGAGCGGUGAGCGGAAGGAUAUAUAUAAAUUAAUGUUAUAGAUCCUAAAUUAAGCAUUUAAUGUAUGAUAAACCAAACUGCGGCAGGCCGCAGAUGACAGUGCUCUGCGGGCCCAGGAAAUGGGUCAAGACAAGACCAGAAAUCGGGCCAGAGCUAAUAAGAUAUAGUACUCUAUACUGCUACAUACUAUAGGACCGACGGCCUUUGGCGUUGAGCGAUAAUUGCAGAGAAAUUCUUGGCAUUUGUAGUGAAUUAUGAACAUUUCGUUGAACUGCAUUGUUUGUUUCCAUUGAUCCAUUGAACCAUUUUUGCAUCAGUUUGUAAGUGUUUGCGGCAAGAGUACUUGGCAACUGUUAGCUAGUUACUUAAAUGAAUUAUAUUAAUUUACGGGGAUACAAUAACACGAAUGCAUUAAAAUAGUUUAUGAAACUGUUGUACAUAGCUAAGCGUCAUACAAUUACUUCUACAAAUCGUAAUAUAUAUACACAUAUAUGCAUACACCAAAAGAUACCGAUACAACGUAUUAAAUGUUUUUAGUGGGAGAAAUAUAUUACCGAAAGCCAAAGUCGUAAACCAGCAUGCAUUUCCAUAAGCCGCCAACUAAGCGACCGCUCAUUACAAACACUACGGAUCCGGCGACGGAGAAGAUACAAAUUCAGAGAUACAUAGCCGAAUAUUUGCCAAAUAGGGUACACAGACCUACACACACACACACCCACACACACAGCUCCUGUACAAUAUAGAAAAGCUUAUAUACAUAACUCUAUUUUCCAAUAGCUGCAACGACAAAAAGACAAGCAACCAAACAAAAAAACCAAGCAACCAAUUACAUGACAAUAUGACACAAGUACAUACAUAACUUAUAAAACGCAUUAACGUGAAAAAUCAGUGUAAACGUAAUUCAAAUCGCGAACGAUUAACUUAUAAAGUUGAAGUUGAAUAAAUUAAUUAGUAUCGAGAGUAUUUGGCAAGGCAACUUUUCAGACUGCACAAAUUGUAGGCAUUUAAAAUUCUCCAUUUGCAGUACUUGGUUGUAAAUUGAAACAAAAAACAAAAAGUGUUUUGACACAUUGAUAUUAAGAGAAAAUACAUAAACAUGUUGUAAAAUUACACACAAAAAAUUCUUCUAAAACAGCACAGUUUAUGUAAAUUGAAA